AGGUCCCUGAAGUGUGUACUGUUCGGCCGAAGGAGCGGCUCACAACCGUGACCGACCGCCGUUCCUGAGUCUCUCCUGGCCAUGGGGCCACGGAGCCGCGAGCGUCGGGCGGGAGCAGUAAAGAGCACCAACGACAGCAGCGCCCUCAGCAAGAGUUCCCUGGCCGCGCGCGGGUACGUACAAGACGCCUUCACGGUCCUGCUGGUCCCGGGGGCCGCGCGCCGCGCGCCACUCAUUCACCGAGGAUACUACGUCCGCGCACGCGCCGUGCGGCACUGCGUGCGCGCCUUCCUGGAGCGGACGUGCGUGCCCCCUAACGCGCUUCGAUCGCAGAUCUUGUCCCUGGGCGCUGGCUCCGACUCGCUGUAUUUUCGCCUCAAAACUGCUGGCCGCCUGGCCCGGGCUGCAGUCUGGGAGGUGGAUUUCCCGGACGUGGCGCGGCGCAAGGCGGAGAGGAUUAGCGAGACGCCGGAACUGUGCGCGUUGACCGGGCCUUUUGAGAAGGGGGAACCCGCAUCAGCGCUGUGCUUUGAGAGCUCGGACUACCGCAUCCUGGGCCUGGACCUGCGGCAGCUCGAGCGAUUGGACGAGGCCCUGGCCGCCGCGGGCCUUGACGUGGUCUCACCCACCCUGCUCCUGGCCGAGGCUGUGUUGACCUACCUCGAGCCUGAUAGUGCUGCGGCCCUCAUCGCCUGGGCAGCCCAGCGUUUUCCUAAUGCCAUUUUCGUGAUCUAUGAGCAGAUGAAGCCUCAAGACGCCUUUGGCCAGUUCAUGCUGCAACAUUUUCGGCAGUUAAAUUCUCCCCUGCAUGGCCUGGACCACUUUCCUGACGUGGAGGCCCAGCGGCGCCGCUUUCUUCAAGCUGGCUGGACUGCCUGCAGUGCCGUGGACAUGAAUGAGUUCUAUCGCCGCUUUCUCCCCGCAGAAGAACGCCGGCGGAUGGAAAAUCUUGAACCCUUUGACGAGUUUGAGGAGUGGCAUCUGAAGUGCGCCCAUUAUUUCAUUCUGGCAGCUGCCAGGGGAGACACCCUCUCCCAACCUGUCAUGUUUCCACCCUCGGAGGCCUUUCCUCGGAUAGAUCCUGUUUCCCCUUCAGGGGUCUUCCCUGCUAGUGUAGUUACUAGUGACAGCCCCGGCCCAAACCUUAAGAGAUACGGCCACGCCUCUGUCCUCUUGAAUCCCCACAUUAUUCUCAGUGCAGGAGGGUUUGGAGAGCAGGAGGGGCGGCACUGCCGAGUGAGCAAGCUUCACUUGCUGUCAAGAUACUGUGACUUUGAAUGGAAAGGCAGCCAAAUAUGCAGUCAUGGGACUGAAGUUCAGUGGGAUGGACGCCUUUAUCACACCAUGACAAGAAUUUCAGAUACUCAGGUUUUGGUUCUGGGAGGGAGGCUAUCCCCAGUAAGUCCAGCCUUGGGGUUUCUCCAGCUUCAUUUUUGUAAGAGUCAGGAUAAUAGCACUGAGGACCUGAAGGUGACAUUAACAAAGGCUGGCCUAAAAGAAGAUUUCACUUUGUCAUGUUGGCGGCAUUCAGCAACAGAAGUGUCCUAUCAGAAUCAGAAAUAUUUGUUUGUGUAUGGGGGUCGAAGUGUGGAGGAGCCUGUACUAAGUGACUGGCAUUUCCUAAAUGUAGACACGAUGGCUUGGGUCAGGAUCCCAGUGGAGGGGGAAGCACCUGAAGCUCGGCAUUCCCACAGUGCCUGCAGUUGGCAAGGGGGAGCCCUCAUUGCUGGAGGUCUCGGGGCUUCCGAGGAGCUGUUGAACUCUGUACUCUUUCUGAGACCAAUCUCUUGUGGAUUCCUCUGGGAAUCAAUAGACAUCCAGCCUCCCAUUACCCCAAGGUACUCUCACACAGCUCAUGUGCUCAAUGGAAAGCUUCUACUGGUUGGAGGGGUCUGGAUUCAUUCCUCCUCAGUUCCUGGAGUGACUGUUAUCAAUUUGACUACAGGCUUGAGCUCUGAGUAUCAGAUUGACACAACAUAUGUGCCACGGCCAUUAAUGUUACACAAUCAUACCAGCAUCCUUCUUGCUGAAGAGCAACAGCUUCUGCUCCUUGGAGGUGGUGGGAACUGCUUUUCCUUUGGCACCUACUUCAACCCUCAUCCAGUAACAUUAGACCUUUCUUCCUUAAGUGCUGGGCAGUAAGGACUGGACUCUUGAUAUGUUCAGGACUCA